AUGGAUAAUAUUAAUAUUCUAACAAAAAAACAAGAUCAAACUAAUGAAUUACUUUUAUCAAUAAAUAAAAAACUUGGAUUAAUGACUGAAAAAGAUGCCAAUAUAAAAUUUAAGGGAGACAUUAUGGAAGUUGGUAUUAUCAGAAUCUGA